AUGACUAAAAACGACAAAGACUAUAAUCUCGAAUUCAAAGAAUCGACCAAACACAGAGAUAAAUUAAAAAACAAAAAGCACGGAGCUGGUGCAACAAUAUUAAGAAAAGCGAUUAGCAUGCUUAAUGGAGCCAUACGUGCUUAUAAUAAUACUGUAGCCAGAAUUCCAAGAGUAAAAAAAAUCCCUGAACUAAAUCCUGACCAAACUGCGGAAGAAAUGGCGGAAGGCGGAGCUUCUUCAGUUGGUCUGGCAAUGGUUGAUGAAGUUGUUAAAGCCGCUGGCGCGAGUAUGGCUCUUGCUUCAGCUGAAUUUGCUGUUGACAAGAUAAAAGACCUUAUGCUUAGCGGAGCUUUAAGCGGACUCGCUGCCGAAGUAGGAGACUUAAAAGAUGGGCAAGCCAGAUUAGGCAAAUCAGUUAACGCUCAUGGCAAGAAAAUAGGAGAAAUGGGAGAUAAAUUAGAUGGAUUAGGCAGCAAAGUUGGUAAUUUAGAAGGAGAAAUGGAGGGUCUCGGCAAUAGAGUGGGAAGUUUAGAAGAAGGCUUAGGAACUGUCAAGGAAGGUUUGAAUUCUCUUCGUUCAGAUGUGGAUGGUCUCAAAUCCGACCUCGAAACCCAAGGACACGAACUCCGCCAAGCGAUGGGAGAAAUGAAAUCCGAACUCCAAGAGCAAAUCCACCAACAAUCCCAAGAAUUCAAUCAAAAACUUCAACAACAAGACGCCAAAUUCACCCAAGAGAUAUCCCGUAUCGACAACGAAAUAGCCAACCUCUCUGGCGAAAUGCGACAACAAAAGCAAGAAUUAAAAGCCGAAAUCACUCAAAAAAAUGAAGAAACCAAACAGCAACUUCGCCAAGAAAUGGAAAGCCAAAGAGAACAAAUCGAAAGCCAAAUCAAAGGCAUCACCCAAGCUCAAAAUCGCAUCAAUGAAGAAAUCCAAACCCACCUUUCCGAAAUCGAUGAAACCCUCGAUAUAGUCGAAAAACGCACUCUCCAAAACGCCCAAAAAAUCUUUGAAGAAAAACUCGAAAGAGAACGACAAAUUAACCAAAAAACCGCUCAAACUCAACAAGACUUUGAAAGCCUCGAACAAGAAUAUACUCGCCAAACCAAAGCCCUCAACACGAAAAUUGCUGACCACCAAGACCGCUUAGAAGACUACCAAGAAGAACAACACCAUCUUAAACUCGCCCAAAAGCAACUCGACCACCAAUUCCGUGAUAUCCUCGAAGACACCGAAACUCAAACUCACCUCCUCCAAGAACAAACUGCUAAACUGGAAUUUGUCGCCCAAGGCAUGGAAGAAAUCGCCGAAGAAACUCACCAAAGAAUUAACCAAAUCCACGAACAAAUCUUUAAUCUCGACGAAAAAACCGAAGAAGCCCUCUUUACCGCCCAAAAAGCAGUGCGUAAAAUCGACAAUCUUACCGACGAAUUAGCCAAAGAACGCCAACGUAUCCAAGAACUCGAAGCCCAGAUCCAAAAAAACCAACUAGAAACGGAAUUAGCCAAGCAAGAAGCCCGGUUAGCCAAUGAACGCCUAGACAACCUUAUAAAAACCCAACAAUCAGCCGACUUCACCGCCCAAGAACUCGCCUUUGCUAAACUCCAAAAGACCCUCCAACUGAAAGCCGACGAAGCCAAACUCCUCGCUCAAUUAAACAUCCUCCAACAAUCCCAAACCACUCUCACCGAAGAAUUAGCCGAACGAGAAUGA